CGGGCGGACCGCUAGAGCGGUGGCACCGCUCCUCGCGCAGGCGCAGUGGCGCUAAGUGAGGCUCUGUGUCACUCGCUAAGAUGGCGGCCUUCUCAGAGAUGGGUGUUAUGCCAGAGAUAGCUCAAGCUGUGGAAGAGAUGGACUGGCUUCUUCCCACAGAUAUCCAGGCAGAAUCUAUUCCAUUAAUAUUAGGAGGCGGUGAUGUUCUAAUGGCUGCAGAAACUGGGAGUGGAAAAACUGGUGCAUUCAGUAUCCCAGUUAUUCAGAUUGUCUAUGAAACUCUGAAGGACCAGCAAGAAGGCAAAAAGGGAAAAACUACUAUAAAAACUGGUGGAGGAGUGCUCAACAAAUGGCAAAUGAAUCCCUAUGACAGAGGAUCUGCAUUUGCUAUUGGGUCAGAUGGUUUAUGCUGCCAAAGCAGGGAGGUAAAGGAAUGGCAUGGAUGCAGAUCAACUAGAGGUGUAACUAAAGGAAAAUACUAUUAUGAAGUAUCCUGUCGUGACCAGGGGCUAUGUAGAGUUGGGUGGUCCUCCAUGCAAGCUUCUUUAGAUUUGGGCACUGACAAAUUUGGCUUUGGGUAUGGUGGAACUGGAAAGAAAUCUCAUAAUAAACAGUUUGAUAGCUACGGAGAGGAAUUCACUAUGCAUGACACAAUAGGAUGCUAUCUAGAUGUUGAUAAAGGACAAAUCGCCUUUUCAAAAAAUGGAAAGGACCUUGGGGUUGCAUUUGAAAUACCAGCACACAUAAAGAACCAAGCACUCUUCCCUGCCUGUGUUCUCAAGAAUGCUGAAUUGAAAUUCAACUUUGGUGAAGAAGACUUUAAGUUUCCACCCAAAGAGGGCUAUGUUGCUCUUGAUAAGGCACCUGAGACUAAUGUUGUCAAAUCCCAGCAUGCAGGAAGUGCCCAGGUAACACAGACGAAGAAUCUGCCAAAUGCUCCCAAAGCCUUGAUUGUGGAGCCAUCCAGAGAGCUAGCAGAGCAAACUCUGAACAAUGUGAAACAGUUCAAAAAAAACGUUGAUAACCCUAAAUUAAGGGAACUCCUCAUUAUUGGUGGUGUUGCUGCAAGAGAGCAGCUGUCUGUAUUAGAACAAGGGGUAGACAUAGUUGUAGGAACACCUGGAAGACUGGAUGAUCUUGUGUCCACUGGAAAACUCAAUCUAUCUCAAGUCAGAUUCCUGGUUCUUGAUGAGGCUGAUGGUCUCUUAAGCCAAGGCUAUUCAGAUUUCAUAAACAGAAUUCAUUCUCAGAUUCCUCAGAUAACUUCAGAUGGAAAGAGGCUGCAGGUAAUUGUGUGUUCUGCAACCCUGCAUUCAUUUGAUGUGAAGAAAUUAUCUGAAAAAAUUAUGCACUUCCCUACUUGGGUAGAUCUGAAAGGAGAAGAUUCUGUUCCAGAGACUGUGCAUCAUGUGGUUGUCCCUGUAAACCCAAAAACUGACAAACUCUGGGAACGGCUUGGGAAAAAUCAUAUCAGAACUGAUGAGGUGCAUGCAAAAGACAAUACAAGACCUGGUGCCAAUUCAGCAGAAAUGUGGUCAGAAGCUAUUAAGAUUUUAAAAGGAGAAUACACUGUUCGUGCCAUCAAGGAACACAAGAUGGAUCAAGCAAUAAUCUUCUGUAGAACUAAGAUAGAUUGUGAUAACAUGGAGCAAUACUUCAUGCAGCAAGGAGGAGGUCCAGAUAGGAAAGGACAUCAGUUUUCAUGUGUCUGCCUGCAUGGUGACAGAAAACCUCAUGAGAGAAAACAGAAUUUGGAGCGCUUCAAGAAAGGAGAUGUCAGAUUCUUGAUCUGCACUGAUGUAGCUGCUAGAGGAAUUGAUAUCAGUGGAGUUCCUUAUGUAAUCAAUGUCACCCUUCCUGAUGAAAAACAGAACUAUGUCCAUCGGAUUGGCAGAGUGGGAAGAGCUGAACGCAUGGGUCUUGCCAUUUCCCUGGUGGCAUCAGAGAAAGAAAAGGUUUGGUACCAUUCGUGUCCAAGUCGUGGAAAAGGAUGUUAUAACACUAGACUGAAAGAUGAGGGUGGCUGUACAAUUUGGUACAAUGAAAUGCAGCUUCUGGGUGAGAUAGAAGAGCACCUGAACUGUACCAUUUCUCAGGUUGAGCCAGAUAUCAAAGUCCCAGUGGAUGAUUUUGAUGGCAAAGUCACCUAUGGAAAAAGGAGGGCUGCUGGUGGUGGCACCUACAAAGGGCAUGUGGAUAUUUUGGCACCUACAGUACAGGAGCUGGCUGCCCUUGAAAAGGAGGCACAGACAUCUUUCUUGCAUCUUGGCUACCUUCCCAAUCAGCUCUUUAGAACAUUUUGAUUGCACCCCAGGUGAGAGUUGGGUGUUAAACUGUUUGCUGAUAAUGCUGAAAUGACUGUACUGACCUGGAGCAGUAGCACUUCAUUUAGUGAAACACAUCAAUUUUGCAUGUUGACCAGUCUUUGCAAAAUGUAAACCUUGAUUAGUUAUUAAUAUCAACCUAAUAAAGAUGAGCUGCUCAAAA